AUGAGGGUGCUUGUACUAGCUCUUGCUGUGGCCCUUGCAGGAUAAUUCAAUAUUAUUACAGCCCCAGAAUUUGCUACUGGAAAGACCUACGUGUACAAAUAUGAGGCAUUUCUCAUGGGCGGCCUGCCCGAGGAGGGUCUGGCACGGGCUGGAGUGAAGAUCCGGAGCAAAGUUUUGAUCCAUGCAGCGGCUGCCGACACCUUCAUGCUGAAGCUUAUUGACCCUGAAAUCUUUGAGUACAGUGGUAUCUGGCCCAAAGAUGUUUUCAUCCCAGCCACCAAGCUCACCUCAGCCCUGGCUGCUCAGCUCUUGACACCCAUCAAGUUUGAGUACACCAACGGUAUUGUUGGUAAAGUGUUUGCACCGGCUGGCAUCUCUGUGACUGUGCUGAACAUCUACAGGGGAAUCCUCAACAUCUUCCAGCUGAACAUCAAGAAGACUCACAACAUCUAUGAGCUGCAAGAGCCUGGAGCUCAGGGUGUGUGCAAGACCCACUAUGUCAUCAGUGAGGACACCAAGGCUGACCGCAUUCUUCUGACCAAGACCAAGGACCUGAACCACUGUCAGGAGAGAAUCAUCAAGGACAUUGGCUUGGCUUACACUGAGAAAUGCAGUGAGUGUGAGGCUAGAGGAAAUACCCUGAAGGGAGCCGCUGCCUUUAACUACAUCAUGAAGCCAGCAGCCGCCGGCACUAUCAUCUUGGAAGCAACUGCUUCAGAGAUGAUUCAGUUCUCUCCUUUCAACAUCUUGAAUGGCGCUGCCCAAAUGGAGGCUAAGCAAAUCCUGACCUUUUUGGAGAUUGAGAGGGCCCCAGUGGAGCCCAUCAGAGCAGAAUAUCUUCACCGUGGAUCUCUGCAGUAUGAGUUUGGUAGCGAGCUUCUCCAGACACCCAUCCAGCUCGUGAGGAUCAGCAACGCCGAGGCUCAGAUUGUUGAGGUUCUGAACCACCUGGUGACCUUCAAUGUGGCCAAGGUUCAUGAGGAUGCCCCUCUGAAGUUUAUUGAGCUCAUCCAGCUGCUGCGUGUGGCCAGAUUUGAGACUAUUGAGGCUCUCUGGACUCAGUUCAAAGCUAGACCCGAUUACAGGCACUGGAUCCUGAACGUUGUCCCCGCCAUCGGUACUCACAUUGCUCUGAGGUUCCUCAAGGAGAAGUUCUUGGCUCAUGACCUGACUAUUCCUGAAGCUGCUCAAGCUCUGGUGGCAUCUGUGCAAAUGGUGACAGCCGACCUGGAGGCCAUCAAACUUGCUGAGGGUCUGGCUAUGAACCACAGGAUCCGAGAAAAUGCAGUCCUGCGUGAGAUCGCUAUGCUGGGCUACGGCACUCUGGUUGCUAAAUACUGUGCAGAGAACCCAACUUGCCCAGCUGAGUUUGUGAGGCCCAUUCAUGAACUCGCUGUUGAGGCUGUUGCCAGAGAUGAUAUUGAAGAGCUCACUAUCGCUCUUAAAGUUCUGGGUAAUGCUGGACAUCCUGCUAGCCUUAAACCAAUCAUGAAGCUCCUGCCUGGCUUUGGAAGCGCUGCUGCCAAUCUGCCACUCAGAGUUCACAUUGAUGCUGUUCUGGCCCUGAGGAACAUCGCAAAGAAAGAGCCCAAGAUGAUCCAAGAAAUGGCUGUUCAGCUGUUUAUGGAUAAGAAUCUCCACCCAGAGCUCCGCAUGGUUGCUGCUAUUGUGCUGUUUGAGACUAAGCUGCCAAUGGGUCUGGUGACCACUCUUGCUGAUGACCUCUUGAAAGAAAAAAAUCUGCAGGUUGCUAGCUUUGUCUACUCUUACAUGAAGGCCAUGACAAAGAACACCAUCCCUGACUUUGCUUCUGUUGCUGCAGCCUGCAAUGUUGCUGUGAAGAUCCUCAGCCCCAAAUUUGACAGACUGAGCUACCGCUUCAGCAGAGCCCUCUAUUUUGAUGCCUACCACAGCCCCUGGAUGAUGGGUGCUGCUGCCAGUGCCUUCUACAUUAACGAUGCUGCAACUGUUUUGCCAAGAGCCAUUGUGGCCAAAGCUCGCACCUUCCUGGCCGGAGUUUACGCUGAUGUCCUUGAGUUUGGAGUAAGAACUGAGGGAGUUCAGGAGGCCCUUCUGAAAAUCCAUGAGGCUCCUGAGAAUGCUGACAGGCUCACCAAGAUGAAACAAGUCAUGAAGGCUCUUUCUGAGUGGAGGGCUCACCCUUCAGGCAAGCCCCUGGCCUCCAUGUAUGUGAAAUUCUUCGGACAGGAAAUUGCCUUUGCCAACAUUGACAAGGCUAUUGUUGAUCAGAUUAUUGAGGUGGCCACCGGCCCUGCAGUUUACGCUGAAGGCAGGAAGGCUUUGGAUGCUCUGUUGUCUGGUUUCAGACUGCAUUAUGCUAAACCCAUGUUGGUCGCUGAGAUUCGUCGCAUCCUUCCCACUGCUGUUGGUCUGCCCAUGGAGCUGAGUUUCUAUACUGCUGCUGUGGCUGCUGCAUCUGUUGAAUUUCAAGCCACCGUGACACCACCUCUGCCUGAAAAUUUCCAUGCUGCCCAGCUUCUGAAGUCUGACAUUAACAUGAGAGCUGCAAUUACUCCAAGUGUUUCUAUGUACACCUAUGCAGUUAUGGGAGUGAACACUGCUUUCAUCCAGGCCGCCCUGGUGUCAAGAGCCAGAGUUCACACAAUUGUUCCUGCAAAGAUGGAAGCAAGAAUUGACAUGAUUAAGGGCAACUUCAAACUCCAGUUCCUGCCUGUUCAGGGCAUCGAUAAGAUCGCAUCUGCACUUGUUGAGACUUUUGCUAUUGCAACAAAUGUGGAAGACCUCACAGCUGCCAAAAUUACACCAAUGAUUCCAGCUGAGGCUGCAGUACAGCUGUCAAGGGAGACCUUCUCUUCAAAGGCUUCUAGAAAACUUGCCAACAGCCUUAAAGUGCCCAAGGACUUCAAAAAGAAAAUGUGUGCUGCAAUUGAAACCUUUGGAAUAAAGGCAUGCACAGAGAUUGAGUCUCGCAAUGCCGCCUUCAUCAGAGACUGCCCGCUCUAUGCCAUAAUUGGAAAACAUGCUGUCAUAGUUGAGGUUGCUCCAGCUGCUGGACCAGUAAUCGAGAAGAUUGAAGUUGAGAUUCAAGUUGGAGAUAAAGCAGCAGAAAAGAUCAUCAAAGUGAUUAACCUGAGCGAGGAAGAGGAAAUGCUCGAGGACAAGAACGUCCUGAUGAAACUCAAGAAUAUCUUGGUUCCUGGUCUGAAGAACAGAACAGCAACUUCCUCCAGCUCCAGCUCCAGCAGCUCUCGCUCCAGCAGCUCUCGUUCAAGCAUCUCCUCCUCUGCAUCAUCCAAGUCUUCCUCCAGCUCCUCCUCUCGCCGCAAGAGCAAAAUGGUCGACGUUGACACCCCCAUCACCAAGACAUCAAAGAGAGUGAGCACCCGCUCCAGCAGCUCCUCCAGCAGCCGAUCAAGCCUGCGUUCAAGAAGCUCCUCCAGCAGUGCUUCAAGCAGCCGUUCAUCAGUCCGUUCCAGCAGCCGCUCUUCCAGCUCCAGCUCUUCCAGGUCCAGCUCCCUGUCUAAGCAAGAACUGUAUGACAUGGCGUUUACCAAGAACCACAUCCACCAGCAUGCCAUCUCAUCAGCCCGUACCAACAGCAAGAGCAGUGCCUACAGCUUUGAAGCCAUUUACACAAAGGCCAAGUACCUUGCUAACGCUGUCACUCCUGCUGUGACUGUUCUCAUCCGUGCUGUGAGAGCCGACCACAAGGUUCAGGGAUACCAGAUCGCAGCUUACUUUGACAAAGCCACUGCCAGACUGCAGCUCAUCUUUGCUAACCUGGCUGAGAGUGACCACUGGAGAAUCUGUGCUGAUGGUGUGAUGCUGAGCAACCACAAGCUGAUGGCCAAGAUUGCCUGGGGCAUUGAAUGCAAGCAAUACGAGACCGAGAUCACAGCUGAAACUGGUCUUGUGGGUCAAGAGCCUGCUCUCCGCCUGAAGGUCACCUGGGACAAACUUCCAAAGAGCAUGAAGCACUAUGCAAAGCAGAUCUCUGAGUACAUUUCCCGUAUUGCUCAUGAAGCCGGAGUGAGCCUGUCAAAGGUCAAGAAUGUUCAUAAUCAGAUCAAACUGACUGUGGCUGUUGCUUCUGAGACAACCCUGAAUGUUGUGCUGAAGACACCAAAGAGGACCAUUUAUAAACUUGGAGUGGGUCUGCCUGUUUCACUGCCACUUGGAGACACUGCUGCUGAGCUGCAAACAUACCAGGACAACUGGGCUGAGAAGAUCUCGUACAUGGUCACCAAGGCUCAUGCAGCUGAGUGCUCCAUGGUCAAAGACACCCUGAUCACAUUCAACAACAGGAAAUACAAGAACGAAAUGCCCCACUCUUGCUACCAGGUUCUGGCUCAGGAUUGCACCUCAGAACUCAAAUUCAUAGUUCUGCUGAAAAAGGACCAAACACUGGAACAGCAACAGAUCAAUGUGAAGAUUGCAAACAUUGAUAUCAACAUGUAUCCAAAGGACAACAUUGUCAUGGUGAAGAUCAAUGGAGUAGAAAUCCCCAUCAACAACCUGCCAUAUCAGCAUCCCACUGGCAAAAUUCAGAUCAGACAGAAAGGCGAGGGCAUCGCUCUCCAUGCUCCCAGCCAUGGUCUUCAGGAGGUCUACUUUGAUCUGAACGCACUGAAGGUUAAAGUUGUGGACUGGAUGAGAGGACAGACUUGUGGACUGUGUGGAAAGGCUGAUGGGGAAAUCAGACAGGAGUACCGCACACCCAAUGAACGAGUGUCCAAGAACGCAGUCAGCUACGCUCAUUCCUGGGUUCUGCCUGGAAAGAGCUGCCGCGAUGCCUCUGAGUGUUACAUGAACCUUGAGUCUGUGAAGCUGGAGAAGCAGGUGAUCCUCCAUGGUCAGGAGUCCAAAUGCUACUCUGUUGAGCCUGUGCUGCGCUGCCUGCCCGGCUGCAUACCAGUGAGGACCACCUCUGUCAGCGUUGGCUUCCACUGCCUGCCUGCUGACUCUAACCUGAACCGCUCUGAGGGUCUGAGCAACAUCUAUCAGAAGAGCUCUGACCUACAGGAAACAACAGAAGCUCAUGUGGCAUGUCGCUGCACUGCUCAGUGCGCAUAAUCUCAUUACCUUCAGUCAUAUUAUGUUUUAUUCUUAAUUUGUCUGUUUGUACCGUAAAUGUAAAUAAACAACACAAGCACGUGAA